AUGCUUUGGGAAAAAUUGAAUUUUAAUGGUAAACCUUGUUUCAUUAUUAUUGAUAAGAAUUUGUUAGAAAAAUCAUCGAAUUUGGUUUAUUCUCUUUCCGAUAAAACAACAAAUGAAAUUGAAAAAGAGAAUUUCAUAUCUUCAAGAGAAUCUCAACCGACAAAUUUUCUUGUCAUUUGGUUAAAUUUAACAUUAAAUGGAUUCAAUGAUGAAAUUGAUGAUUCAAUUUUAAUCUUUACGAAUCUCGAUGAAUUCAUUGACUUUACAACGGAAAUCGAAAAUGACAAAAUUGUUUUAAUUCUUUCAUCUCUAAUUGAUGAAAAUCUUCUUUUCAUUAUCGAAGAUAUUCCACAAAUUUAUUCAAUUUAUUUUCAUUGUAAUCAACGAAUUAAUUAUCAUAAAUCAAGAAAAUCAAAGGAUUUUACAUUGAAAUGA